UCGUUCGCGCGCGUCAGUUAGUAGCUUGUUUACUUUCUAACCUGGCCGAUCCAAGUUGGCGCGGGGUGUGUGCGCGCGCGCGAAAACGUGCGUGUUGCAACGUGUUUCUUUUUUCGUCAGUUGGUGCCGUCAAAGGAUUCGCGCCUUCCGGUCGCGCGAUCGCGGAAAUUUUCGAGGGUUUGGGACUGUGUGUAAUUUACGAGGCUGUUUUUUUUGUUGGUGGGUUGUGUGACGGUGCGAUAUGAGUCGUUGGGUCGGGUAAUUGUGCGGUGAAAUUAGUGCUUUUUUUAGGGCAGGUGCUUUCCGGGGUAGGGAUCGGGCGGUUGUGUUUGUGUUGUGCUAAGGCCGAACCAUGACUGGGACCGGGGACUGUGAAACUUUCCACGAGUUCGCCCUGCUGUUGCCGGUCAAAAUGUUGAAGAUCUUGGACGCCCACCGAGGACAAUGAUGCACGACAGCUUCCAGUUUGUGAAGAAUCUGUUCCACAAUUGCUUCCAGCAGCAACCGCCGAACCAACGGUCCGCCAUCCCAUCCGACGAUUCCCUGCUGUCGUCGCUCCGGUUCAACGAGAUCCACAGUCUGUACGACUGCAGCCGCCGGUUGGCCAAAGAUCUCGAACGGAACUACGAUGCGAUCAGCGCCCGGAACGACGGCAUCCGGUUCCCCACCGUGAAAACCCUCGACAUCAUCCCCAAAUCCCGGGACGUCCUCAACGGAGACUGGAUUCUGCGCUACUCCGACUCGGAAACGAACGCUUACCCAUGGAGCGGCGAAUCCAGCCCCAACUUUGACCUCGUCCCGUGGCGCCGGUCCAAACCGAACGCCAACCUCCUGUCCAAACCCAACCCCAAACGAUGGACCAGCCCCAGCCCUAGCAAAGAGGACAAGAAGAUCCUCCAGCGGCUGCACAAGCUCGAAACCAAGCGCGUCAAGAAACACCUCAAAGAUAACCUCAAAUAUUCCAAACGCGUCAAGCGAAUCCGCAUCAUGCUCUCCAUAGAGAUGCGCCAAAAGAACUACGAGAUCCUCCCGCCGCGGAUCCGGCCGCGGCAAUUCGGCGCCACCGGCACCGCCAAAUCCCUCAUCCAGAACCACAUCACCAAACUGGCCGUGAUCGCCGUCCAGGAGCAGUCCCAGCAGCACUGGGGCUACUUCAGCCAGCGGCGCAAUGAAAACUUUAAGGAAACGAUCGCCGCACGGGAGGAGCAAGAGCUGCGGGAGAUGGUGGAGCAGCACGUUUUCUGCAAAAACAUGAACGCCGUGAAAACGCUUAACGCGGCCAAGCGCAUUACGCCGUUCGUGCCGCGGCAGUACGAGAGCGACCGGAUGAUAGUACAAAUGUGCAGACGGUGCCGGAGUAAGAGAGUUACAGUGGGGUGCUCCGGGUACAACGAGUCCAGAUACCUGUCGCAUCUGGACUCGUCCCAUGCCGCCGCCAUGCAGAUGAUGCCCCCGAUGGAGCGGCCCGCCGGUGGAGCCCUCGCGCUGCACUACGCGGCCGCCCGCGGCUGCCUGGACUGCGUGCGGCUGCUGGUGGAGGCGGCCCCCGACAUCAGCGCCAACACCCAGAUGGACAACGACGUCACGCCGGUCUACCUGGCGGCCCAGGAGGGCCACCUCGAGGUGCUCAAGUUUCUAGUCCUGGAGGCGGGCGGGUCGCUGUACGUGCGGGCCCGCGACGGCAUGGCACCGAUCCACGCGGCCUCCCAGAUGGGCUGUCUGGACUGCCUCAAGUGGAUGGUCGAAGAUCAAGGCGUCGACCCGAACCUGCGCGACGGCGACGGGGCCACGCCGCUGCAUUUUGCCGCGUCCCGGGGCCACCUGACCGCGGUCCGAUGGCUGCUCAGCCACGGCGCCAAGCUGUCCCUCGAUAAGUACGGCAAGAGUCCGAUCAAUGACGCCGCCGAGAACCAGCAGGUCGAGUGUUUAAACGCGCUGGUCCAGCACGGAACGCAACCGGCGGCGGACUACGGCAAAGGUCACCACCGGCAGGACCUGUACGGGUCGCACCAGCAGCUGGCCGCGGUCAUUCCACCGCCACAAUCCGUGACGCCCGUGCAGCAGCAGCAGAAGCGAAUCUCCAAGAAGCAUCACCAGAGCAGCCAUCACAGCAGCAGUCACUACAGCAAGAACAAGUCGGCGGCGUCGGUGGUGUCCGGGCAUCAUCACAGAAGCGGCAACAACAACAACAACAACAACACGAUGAUGUCCAAGUCGUCGUCGGGAAGUUCCGACUCGGAGCCGUUCUAUCUGCAUCCGCCGACGAUUCGGCAAACGAAGGACGGCCUGUACACGCGCCAAUCGCCGGACAGCUACUACGGCACGACCACCGUUCCCCCGAACGACGGCGUCUACAUCAACCCGAUGCGCAACGGUUCCUCCACGCCGCCCAGCCCCAGCGGCAGCGUGUCCGGCGAGUCCUUCUUCCUGCACGACCCCCAGGAGGUCAUCUACAACCGCGUCAAGGACCUGUUCGACUCGGACCUCAGCAGCAGCGUCAAGGACGAGCGGACGAGCAACUCGCGGGCGAUGACGGUGCAAGUUGAGGUCCACUCGAGCAGCAGUGGCGCCGCGAGCGGUUCCGACGAGGAUCUCUCGGUUUCGUCGUCCAACUCGGGUGGUGGCCACAAUGGGCACGGGCACCAUCAUCACAACGGAGGCGCAGGAGAUCGGGGCAGCGUGUUGGGAAUCGAACGGAACAAACCGCCCGAACUGAAGCGGAGCAAUUCGAAGGCGUCGUCGGCGGCAGCGGCGUCGGCUCAUGACCACGACUACGAGGACAUUUAUCUGGUGCGUGAGGAGGCGCGGUACGGGACGAAGACGCGGAACGGCGUGGGCCGGAGUCGGUCCCGAGACAGUGGGUCGCACAGCAGGAGCGCUAGUGCGAGCUCGAAUCGUAGCAACGAUAUUAUUAUGCAGUUGACGAAUCAGACUGUCAGCAACAAGGAGCAAAUGCUCAUCAACAAACGCAACAACCUGUACGAACAGCAACAGCAACAACAGCAGCAACAGCAACAAUCCAACGGCAAACAUCGGCCGUACGAUCUGCCGAAAAACUACAAAACGACAAACCUGGGCAAAGCCAACGGAAGCCAGCAGAAGUCGUCCGGCAGCCGGCAGACGUCAGCCGCCGACCUGCGGAACAACGACAACGCGUACGAGAGUGUCUGCUCGCCGGAGGACACCCACGAGCGGACCAAACUGGCGCAGCGUCACUCCCUGCCGAAUGGUGGCGCUGCGAUCGCAAAUGGAGGAGUUGGAGGGGUUGAGAGGAGCAACAGUGGUGCGAGCAGCAGUAAAAACGUGAAACGCAGCGGAUCGAUGAACGACGGACGAGCGGUAGGACCCCCACCGCCACCGUUGCCACCACCGCUGAAGGCACCUUCGUCGUCGUCGUCCCAGUACCAGCAACAGCAACUUCACUACCAGCAGCAACAGCAGAGUCACUACGGCAGUCAGACCUCAAAGCAGUCCGCGUCCGCGUCAAACUCAAACUCGAACUUUUACCUGCACAAGCACAUGAGCCCGGCACCACCGGGUUCUGCUUCCGGCGGGAUGGUCCUGAACGGGGGCGGACACCAGCAGAACGCCCAGCACGACUACUACAACCAGCUGCCCCAGCUGCAGCACCUGCAGGAAGCGCCCGACUCGGACUCGGGCCUGGAGGUCGUCGAGGAGGCGACACUGAAGCCGUCCGACCUGAUCCGGGGCAACCACAACCGCAGCAUGUCGAUCAUCUCGGCGAACAAGAAAGCCAAACUCAUCGCGGGCAGUAACGGAAACGGCGGUGGCAGCGCCCUCCUCAGCCCGACCGGCAGCAGCUCGAACGGGUACGGCGGCGCCGAUCAGUACCAGCCGUCGCAGCAGCUGUACCAGUCGCGCUCCAACUCCGCACUGUCGUCGUCGAGCCACGCUGGUCCGAAUCUGGUCAACAAGCAGCUCGUGCUGCCGUUCGUUCCGCCGGCCUUCCCGAACGGGUCCAACGCGGACGGGUCCAACCACCUCAUCAAGCCGUCCGAGUAUCUCAAGAGCAUCAGCGACAAAAAGUCCUCCUGCGCUGGCUCCCAGAGAUCUUCCGACACCGAAGACUAUAUGCCAUUGAACGCCACGAUCACGGUACAGUCGGGCCCGGAACCACCGAAACCGCCGCCCCCGCCGCCGGCGCCCCCCAUGCUGAACCUGUUUGCCACGACGGCGACCGGCACCAUCGGCAGCAGUAAAAACUCCAGCGCCAGCUCAGCCGCCGCCGGCAGCCAGACCGGAACGGCCAAAAGCAACAUUCCCCCGCCACCCCCGCCCCAGGACUCGACGAUCCGCAAGCAGCAGCAGCCGCUGUCGGCCAUCUCGAUCCAGGACCUCAACAGCGUGCAGCUCCGCCGCACGGACAAAAUGCUCUCCAAGACCUUCUCGGCGCCGACGCGCAGCAUGAGCAUGCAGUGUCUGUCCUCGACGAACGAGCAGUUCCUGUCCCAGAAGACGGACCUGAUCGCGGAGCUGAAAAUGUCCAAGGACAUUGCCGGCGUGAAAAAGAUGAAGGUCGAGCGGGCCAAACUCGAGGACAAACAGGCCACCGAGGUGUACUCCGAGGUCACGCGACAAUUCACGGCCUCCAACUACGUGGACCAGGUAGGUGGAGCACCAAAGCAAUCUUUGCAGGUGCCGGAGCGAGACAACGCCGGUAACAUAAUUCCGGACUGGAAGCGCCAGAUGCUGGCGAAGAAGGCCGCGGAAAAGGCCAAGAAGGAGUUUGAGGAUCGGUUGGCGCGGGAAGCCGAAGAUCGGCGCCUUUCGGCCAUCCCCAAGUGGAAGCGGGACCUGAUGGCGCGGAAGGAGGAGGCGGAGAGUAAGCUCAAAUCCUCAAUCUACACGCCCCGCGUCGAGGAGACGACGCGCCGCACCACGGACACGUGGCGCUCGCGCAUGAACCAGCGCGCCAUGUCGAUCGACAACAUCAGCUUCACGCCGUCCUCGUCGUCGGCCAGCAACCACCACAACGAUCCGACCUCGACCUCGUCGACGCUUGCGAUGGUGUCGGCCCGGUUCAACAAGGAGAACAACAACAAUAGCAACAACUCGAACUCGAACGGCGGGGGUUCUGCGAAUGGCCACCAUCAUCAUGCCAACGGGAAUGGCAAUGGGAGCAACAGCAGCAGCAACACCAACAUUAACGGGCUGAGCACGCGCAGUUCGAUGGAGAAUCUGUCGGUGGUGAACGGGAAGAAUGGAGCUGGAAACGGGGACGAUGAGGACGAAAGCGAGCAGAUUAUUCCGUGGAGGGCCCACCUGAGGAAAACCAACAGCCGGCUCAGCUUGAUUGGUUGAAGGGUGGGAGGUGCUCUUUGCCCUUAGUCGAUAGCUUGUUGUAUAAAGGUUUAUCAUUACAGUUAUAAUUAUACUAUAAAUAUACAAUAAAACGAGAUAAAAAGAUACAUAUUUUAAGCUUAUAAACAAAAAUAAAAACAAUCGUUAAAGAAAAAAGCGAAAAGUGAAAAUGAUGGCAAGAAAGAACCUUAAUUUUAUCCUGUUUUUGACGACACUUAUUUAAUUACGAGAGAAAGCGAGAGCGAAUGAGCCAACGACGACAGUGAGAAACAUUCAACAGUUACAAAUAAAGUGAAAAACAAGCUCACGUAAACAUUGAUGCAAGCGCGCACACGCCGCAACCUUCGCACAUUGUAAACAUAAAUCAAAGAUUUCGUUGCAAUAUUACGUCGUAAGAUUACCUGUAAAAUCGAAACUGUGCGAGAGAAAAAAAAAAGAAAGAAGGAAAAGACUAGCCGAAAAAUAUGAAUAUUAUAAAAUGCUGCUUAAAUAAAAAAAAGACAAUUGAUAGAAGAAAGGAAGCAACUAUAUUGUGAUUAUUGUUAUCAUUACUUUUCAACCUGCAAGCAAAAAAUAAAUCUACACACACAGAAGAAAAAGUUAGACCUAUUACUUCUCACUGCCAAUACAAAAAUAAAAACCCACUUUGAAAAAGCUUAAUAAAAACAAUCAUACAAACAAUCCAAUAUUACCUAGCAAAAGCGAAACAGAUCGUAUUAUUAAUAUCCCACUCAAAUUAAAUAAAAAAAAUAAACAAGGGUCAAAACUAGUAGUAAUUAUCAACAGCAAAACAGCAUACCGAUGAAGAACACGACAAACAAAAAAACUGUUGUGCACAUAAACAGCGGGAGAACAAUAGCGAUGACCCCCCACGAAAUGUCCCCCAUUUUUUACGAGCUGCGCAUAGGCACAAAUUUCAUGUUUCGUUGAAUAGUUAUAAUAAAGUAAAAAUGUUUAUUAGAAAAAAAAA